UCAGUCUCGAAAGCGAUAUUGGCGAGUGUGAACGUGUUUACUUGGGCUUCGAUUGCGAAUACACAAAACCAACUUUACGAUGGCAAUUACGCGGCGGCUUCCCUGGCCGAAGCUGCUGUUUUUGUUUGUCUGGCUGUGUCUGUCAUUGGAUACAAAUCGUGCAGCUCGAGUGCCCAGCGAUCAGUUUGUGUUUCCCUCGGAGUCCAAGCCAAAUGCCACAGCCAUCCGACUGGAAUCCAGACUUAAGGAAAUCGAGCGAGAAAUGGCGGAGGUGACUAGAGCCACAAAUGUAAAUCUACCAAUCCUCAAAGAAAUCAAAAAGGGCACACCGAGAACUACGGCUAACGACAACAAGCAUGAGUCACCGGCAAAUACUACCAAUGAUUCGAAAAACUUGACCGAACCACAGGGAAACUCAUCAACACAAGAGAUUAAAAUGAACGAUGUGCCCAGCAUUUCGAAAAAUCAUGCACAUCCUUCCAGCGAGUCCAAGAUGAUAACCUUCGGCCAGGAAUCUAGUUCAGAUAAGCCAGCGCCUUGGGAUCAUACGGAAGCCACCAAUGCUAGCAGUGCCACUAGUGUGGUUAUUGGGCCAAGGAUUGUCCUGGAAACAACGCGAAUUUGUCCACAGGGCACUACUCUGACCGUAAAUGAUCAUUGCCGAAAAAUUGCCUAGAUUAGUGCCAUAAAACUGGGAACAACUGAGAAUUAAUUAACAAAAAUUAAAAAAAAAAUAUAUUAAAAAUAUUGUUAUAAUGGAGUACUUCCCAGAUUUACUUAAAUAUUUGUAGCAUCGAUUAAACACAGUGGUUCUAGAAUUCAAUAUUUGUUCUCUUGUCAUUUGUGCACGUCUAAAAUUCCCAGUUCUGGAAUAGUCCCGCUAAUUAUAUUGAAUGCAUUAGUCAAAUCGUUCUAUCAUUAGCAUAUCAAAGAUGCUUUUGCAUAUGUCCAUAUAAUUUCAUUCUCAUGUGUACAAAUAUGGACAUACAAAUAAGGACAUACAAAUAUGGACAUUUAAAACACACCUCCUCAAAAGAUUCUUAAUUGACCAGCUUCUGCGUUCUGGGGCAAAUACAAUUUUAUGAUCCAGCAUUUGCUGCAAAGGAUUAGGGAAACCCAGUAAAAUUUAUCAGAUCUAUAAAUAUUAGUAAUAGAUUUACGAAAUUAAUGAUAAUGCUUAGAUUUUAGUAAUAAAAAUUAUAAAUGAACUCAAAUGC